GCGUCAGUGCGCGUAAACCCCGGGGAACGGAGCGGAUCGGUACACAGUGCGCAUCCCUCUUCUUCAUCCAACUGCACUUUUCCUCGUUGCAAAGAUUUGUACAUGAUCUCCACAAUGUUGCCUUCUGCACUUUUAUCAUAAUCCAUCAAUGGAUUAAACGCGUGGAUGCAGGUGAAACCGAUCAUCAAAGAAGACAGAAGAAGAGGAUCAAACGAUCAAGGAGUUAUGUUUCAAGCAGUCAUCUAUAAAGGACUCAAUUAGCAUAUGUCAAGAGGGCAUUUACAUAAGGGCCAUAUUUAGGCUGGUGUCUCAGAGCAGAGCCAGUCACAUCCAGAGACCACAAGAGGAGAGAAGCCGCAUAAGCUUGUGCUGGAGUGCUUAAGAGAGAGUAUUGGAUACACAGGGGACCGGAGCAAAGAGGAGUAGCCUGGAAGGUCGAGAGAGCAUGUGCUAAAACCAGAAGAUAUAGAGAGAGAUAAUCGGAUGUAAACACGCAUUGACUGUCAAAGCCGCAAGCAGUGACUACGCAAAACACCAGGGAAAGAAAAACCACAGGGGUUCUCCUCAAGGUAACUUUUCUUCGAGUGUCGGUGAUGGAUGCAGUCGGCGAGCUGGUGGGCAGCUUCUCUCACGGCUUGGAGAGCUUUGCGCACGGGUCUCAUUUUGUCCUCACGCCCCCCGGGGACUCCGGUGCUCUGAUGAACGAGCACCUCGUCUCCGCCGAGCGCCUGUCACGCAGUGCUUCACCGGACCUGACGCAUAUGAAAGGGAUCCUCCGCCGGCGGCAGCUCUACUGCAGGACCGGUUACCACCUCGAGAUAUUACCGGACGGUUCUGUGCAAGGCACGAGAAAAGACCACAGCAGAUUUGGUAUAUUGGAAUUCAUUAGCCUCGCUGUGGGGAUGGUGAGCAUCCGUGGUGUGGAUAGCGGAUUGUAUCUGGGAAUGAACAAAAACGGCAUACUCUAUGGAUCUGAAAAGCUGACAGCGGAGUGUGUGUUCAGAGAGCAGUUUGAGGAGAACUGGUACAACACUUACUCUUCUAACCUGUAUCGGCACGGCGAGCGAGGAUCUCAUUAUUAUGUAGCCCUCAACAAAGACGGGACAUCCCGAGAUGGAACACGCUCUCGGAGGCACCAGCGUUUCACGCAUUUCUUGCCACGGCCUGUGGAUCCAGAGCGGGUUCCUGAGCUUUACAAGGAGAUACUAGGUCACAGCUGAAAGACUGAACCGCAAACCUAAACCCCAAAAAAGGACCUGCAUGUUCUUUAUCCCCCUCAGACAAACCUGUCUCAGGAGAAAGCAGGGCAGACGGGGGGAAAAGAGGCCCCCUUUUGCGGGCCAAGGUUGGAGCAUUAGCAGGAGAUGGAAAGCCCUUGAUUGGAGUGGCAGGAACCAAAGGUCUGGAUAGUUCCUGAAGAACAGAACACUGUUUUGGAUCCAUUCACACCUGCUGUUCGUAGGACACAAGGGAUUUUGGAAUAAAAGAGAGCACUGGUGGACUUCUUGCCAGAGAAUGAUGGACAUCUACUACUACUACUGAAAAUUCUAGAAGGCUUCUGAAGGAAUUCUGUGAAAUGUUUUUGCGAUUUCAUACUCUUCUAAACACUGGCAUGGACAAGCAGGAGACAAACUCCUCCAAACAUUUCUCUUUAGGUCCUUUAAUUUAUGUUUUUUUAAAGAUAUUUAUUUUAUAUAUUUAUUUAUUUUAAAAGAAUAUUUUUACAAGAAUAUAUGCAACAUGUAACAGGACGUCAUUAGAGCUUUAUUUUCUACCACUAUAGAGACACGACUUCUAGAGAUAGAACUACUGAAGAAAGUAUUUUCUUAUGAUUUGUAAAUUUUCCGGAUGUAUGUGAUCCACCUUGGUGUCCCCCCGUUUUUGUUUUUCUCUCAUGUCAUUAAACCAGAUCCUUAAAAGCCUGAGAAUGUUCCAGAAUUCACUGGGGAAUUAAACAGUUCAAAUGACUGCAUUUUGUUGUGUCUGUCCUUUCAGUAGAAACAUAAGGUCACCUGUCAGAGGUGAAUGGUUAUUGAAUGUCUAUUUGCAGAAAAAGGUCGACUUUAAGGGAAACGUAAGCAAGGACAGCAGGUGUAUACAGCUGUCUGAUUCUCAUUGAUCCUGUUGUGGUGAAAUGAAAUCAAAUGAGUUUUUAAUCGCCUAAAAGCUUAAACAGUUAUGCUAAACAGUGCAUGAUAAUAUAAUUUGCUAAAAAAUGU